UGGUAACCACGGUGGGAGUUUAUAAGAGACUGUGUCCAACCUUGUAUCUCAGUACAUGUUGUGAAUAUACCCGAUUUGUACCAAAAAAAAUUUAAAAAUUAGUGAGGAAGAAAUGCUUAAACAAGUAAUCAUUCUAUUUUCGUAUUCCGUUAUUACUUUCGCGUCACAAUCGCAAACAACAAGGCGGCAAGUGCAAGAGCAAACAUUGGAAACAUCCCCCACACGACCCCAAAACGUCUACACGUCUCCGCAAAGUACCGACGAUACCGCAAAUAUUGGAACAGUGUUGUAUUCGCAGGCUCCGACACCAACACAACCUUACCCAUAUUAUCAUAGCACAACUCGUUUCAGUACAUCUACCGAAACUAAUGCUGAUCUACACGACUGUCCCUCGUUAGAUGGCGAUAUGGAUAAGUUAACUGUGAAUCAACUGUUAUCAACAUUAACCCACGAGUGUCGAUAUGAUAAAGUUACAAGACCGCCCAUGGACGAACCGCUUAACGUCACCUUACAACUCGAUAUCAUGCAUAUAGAAGCUAUCGAACAACUGAAAUUCAAAAUGCACAUGUUGGUAGCGUAUCGAUACACAGAUUAUAGGUUGCGAUACAGCGAUUUGUCACCUGACAGAGGUGCUAUGUUAGGUGAAGAAUUAUUGAGAAACAAAAUAUGGGUUCCCCACGUUAUACUGAUGAACGAGCGAGAAAACUCCAUUAUGGGCUUGGAGGGAAACGACCAGUUUGUUUCCAUUAGUCCGCACGGUGAAGUCAUUUACUCUUAUAGAAUGACCGCAACGAUUUAUUGCUGGAUGGAUUUGAAGAAGUUUCCAUUUGACGCACAAGACUGCCAUAUUACUUUUAGGAGCUGGACUUACAACGCUAGUAAACUUUUGCUAAGAUGGGAUGUGGUUGAUCCGGUUAAAGUGGCGAAUCAAUUGCACUUAACGGAGUUUUCACUCAUAAGGUACAAUACACUUGCGAAGUUGGUACCAGCUUCACUAUCGCGUGGUGCUUUUGUUGGGAACUACAGCGUUUUAACCUUCGAAUUCAAAUUGCAACGGGAAAUAGGAUUUUAUAUCAUGGACUACUUCAUACCUUCAACGUUGUUGGUAGCUACCUCAUGGGUGACAUUUUGGUUGCAGGCAGAUAACGCAGCGCCUCGGAUUACUUUAGGAACUUCAACAAUGCUGGCAUUUAUUACCUUGGCUCAGGGACAAAGCAAACAUCUACCUAAAGUGUCUUACAUCAAAGCUAGCGAAAUUUGGUUUUUAGGUUGUACAAUAUUCAUAUUUUUGUCCAUGACCGAAUUUGCAUUUGUCAACAUCAUAUGGAGGAGAAGGAAAAAAGUGGAACUAAAAAAAGUAAAUAGCAAGUACAUCCUGAAAUCAACGUUGACGCCUAGACUCGCAAGAAAAGAAUUUCAAAAAUCCUCCUCGAUGAACCAAUUACACAAAUCCCACUCCUGCUCAAGCUUAAAUGAAUGCGGGUGCAACAACAAAGAUAAUACUUAUAACAACUAUUUAACUGUACACAGCUUUCCCAGUACAAUGGAGAUACCAAAAAUUCAAACCGAAACCGAAAACGAUCUUAUGAGCAUGGACAGCCAGCUCACUAUUCCCGUGCCAAGUAGUCACAGCAAUAACAAAACAAGUGAAAAAUUGCAGAAAUGGACCAGCAUGACACCCCAAGAGGUCGCAAUUUGGAUUGAUAAAAGGUCAAGAUUGGUAUUUCCAUGCGCGUUUAUCGUGUUUAACAUGUUCUAUUGGGCGUUUGUCUAUGGACUGUAAAUUCGAAGAGAUCCAGCUUAAUCUUUUAGCUUUCUUGUAUACAUUCGAAGAGUCUAGUUGCAGUAUUUCUAGCUUUGUAAGGUUUAGCUACUUAGUAAUUUAUUGUAAUAUAUUUUGAAUAAUUUAAUGAAACGAUACAAAUUUGAACAUC